UGACGUUUUGAGUGUCUUUAUUCAUUACUUUUGCUCACAACGUGCAGAUGUGACUCUCUCCAUCGAUUAUGGAUAACGUGAGUCACCAGGAUGAAAACAGAGAAGGAAGACGUGCUCCUAUGAUGUGCUAGUACGCUCCAAAAUAAAUGAACAAUGACGAAGAUGACCGAGUUGUCACCAGAAAAUGACAUGGGAACCGCUACAGCGACUGCAACGACGCAAUAAUUCAUUGUAGCAGAGAAGCAGAGCACAACACGGACACGAGAGGAAUCAACGUGGUCAUCGACGUCAACUAGACCGGUUUGAAACAACUUCUGUCGAGGCCUUUUGGUUUCCGAAGGAACUACCAAGCAGAUGUUGCGAUUAACCACUCUUAGAAACAAGUUUAGACAUAAUCCCGCUAGAAGUUACAAAAGCACUAGUGUUCAAGUCUAUCAACAAGCUCAGACAGCAACAGCGCGACGACACGUACUACAAGAUUACUUUGAGGCUUCAGGUAAUCAAGGCGUUCUUGCCGCCUUUGCGCUUCCCCCUCAAAGACGAGGACUCCUGCAUAAAGGCUCAGUAGUUGCCCACAAUGGAUCGGAAUUCUUUAGAACUGCGACAAGUAGAAGUAGGUAUUUUUCCUCCGCAACGCCAGAAGAUUUUCAACAUCCAUGGUCUUUCACAACCGAGAAAAGCAGUAGAGUACGGACCGCCACGACUCGUAGCUUUGCGAGCUUUCUCAACAGUUUAAGUAGACCUGCUCGAAUUCGGAUCGACGCAGUCACGUGUCCUCUCGAGGGCAUAGUGUUGAGGGAGCGAACAAUCUCCUGUCCAGAGAUGUUCCUUGAAACCGUACGACGAGUCCUUGCUGAUGCUCAGAAAGGAGCUAGAGGACGUAUGCUCCCUACUAGAGUGUUGAUGUUCUUGUUCAUCGUAACAGACAUCAUCAAACUCUUUAGAAUGACGACGUUAGAACAAUCAUGAUGACAGUUUUUGUUGUUGUUGCUGGAACGAAGUCGAAGACGUCGUGGUCUCCAAAAGAUUCGUCUCCAGAAGAUUCUAUGUAUGAAUGUAAGAACUGGAACUGAAACAUACGAUUAUUUGUCGAAAGGCUCAUUCACUAUUCGGAAGUUUUCUACAAACAUCACAUACAAACUACAUCGUGUUCACCACAUCGACCCUUCAAACCACAACUACAGUGUUCCAACGACCUCUCCGCGUCGUCAACUGCCCUCACUACGGCUUCACGCUGCAACCUGAGGAGUCAUGGUUUCAAUCGCUGGUCAACCGCUAUGAAAUGGUGGAUCGCAGAAGUCCAUUCCUAACGAAAUUAUGGUCAGCUUUUUUAUCCUUAAGCAUCUUGGUGCCCUAAGCAUCUUGGUACCCUAAGCAUCUUGGUACCCUAAGCAUCUUGGUACCUUAAGCAUCUUGGUACCUUAAGCAUCUUGGUACCCUGAGCAUCUUGGUACCCUAAGCAUCUUCGUACCCUAACUCGUUCUCAGCAUCUUCUGAAUACCUUUUUUUUCCCCUGUAUUUUCCCGCUACGAACUAACUAUAAUUACAAGGGUACGUAGUAGAGGGGUCCAGAGAAGGGGACUCCGACUCUUCUACCUUUUGGAAGAAGAUGAGAAGCAACGAUAACGUAAUUGAUGUGGCAAUACUCCUUCGUUAGAUGGAUAAAAGCUGUUGACUCUAACGAAAUGCGCAAUGGGCGCUUUUGUAGCUCUAUUGGGAGAAGCUGUGGUGCAAUUUGAGGGAACACGAAAUAGUAAUAGCAAAACUAGCGUCACAUCGUCACCUGGUGGGAGUGCUGGUGGAGAUUGUUGUACUGACCACGAGCCUGAUGCGUCUCCAUCUUUAGAAUCCAUUGGCGGGAAUCAAUUUACACCAACAGAUAGUACUGGUAACACCAGCAUCCUACUCCAUCCUACAACUACUCCAAGUGAAACACCCACAACAAGGGCAAGUCCAAGUACAAACAGUACCAGUAGUUCCUCUUUCUCUCCAACAGGCACAAUCCCUGGUUCCUGGGACCCGCAGCGCCUGAUCGCUAUGCCCUUCAUAAACGUGGUUUGGGUAGGCGGGUUUCUGCAGUUGUGGGUAGAGGGAAUGAACCGUCUGUUCCCAGCAGAGCUAGUGCAUGGCAGACCUGUGACUUAUGAAUUCCUCUACCAGACACACUCCAAGCUUUAUCAAUGACAACAUGUAUUUGUCUUCCACGGAAGUAAAAGUAUUAUGCGUACUACCUAACAUGUAUUUGUCUUCCACGGAAGUAUUAUGCGUACUACCUAACAUGUACUAUUUGUCUUUCACGGAAGUAAAAGUAUUAUGCGUACUACCUCAUCUAAUCUUUCCGCUCGAGUGCCAUUCUUCUGAAAACGACAUUAACGACCCUGUUCUUGAACCCGCUGUACUGUCUCUUAUUUCUGACCGGAACGGGGCUUCUUUUACCCAACAUGAAGCCUUUGCGAGAAAGAAUCUUUGAUGAGGAAGUUAUGGAACGAAGUCGAUUUUUUUUGAAUAUGAUGCUUGACUGACACCAUAGCCUAGUGAGAUCGUAGCCGGACUCCUGACGUUUUGAUGUUGGAACAAGAACAAAGUCGAGGUAGUCGUGCUAGUGCUAGCCAAGAACGACACGAACAACAACAAGCAAGACGAAUGCGUAAAAGAAAAAUGGACUAACCAGGAACCAUACUCCCUUCUCACUCUAACUCUGGCGCUCUGCUUUUCCAAGCCGGCUUUUUAUCGACACCCGCAAUUUUCCUUUGCAAGUAUUAUCUCGUACCCGAAAAGCUGCACAUACCCUAUCUCUGCUUUGUCAACUUUUUGUGGUCGGUCUUUGCUUCCCAGAUAAGCUCUCCAGCUGGAAGCAAAGGUGGACAGAGUAGUAAAGAUGAUUAAGGUCUCACUUAAUCCAUCUUUGGGCUCAUCUGGAUGCAGCUGUUUUCAAAUAGUAACGAUCUGCUUUCAAAUAGUAAUGAUGUGGACACAGAUGGCGCAAAAGAUGGAUCAUGGUAGCCAAAUCUUCUAAAAAGAAGAGCGGACUGAUGCUGAUAGAGAAGGAGCGCUUGACACGACGCCAGGGAUCAAACUUUAUAAAGAUACAACCGAACGUCGACCGCUACAACCUACUCCUGCUGCGGAAAGAUAAACCAACAGUGUCAGAGAAGGUGCUAGUAACUAGACCCCUUUUUGAUUUUACUUGUUGUAUUUUUGACCCCCCUUGUCUCACUAUACAAGCCUACUGGGUUGUUUGUUUUACCUAAAUACUUCUAGUUCUGCCGUCUUCACUCUGCGUAAAUGCAUAUCCUUUCUAUUGUUUCCCCACAUCAUCCACAUCUUCCCUCUUCCUUCCCAAUAAUCAACCUUCCUCCAAUCGUCCUGACAGAUAUUGCAUUUUUGUAUCCCGCUGCUCUCCGCCAGAGGCAGUUGCUCGUUGCUUUUUGAAAAAUACGACGCUAUAGACAUCGUAUAAACACAACCCUGCUGAUCAUGUCAUAGUUGUAUCAAAGGCGGGCUUUGAUGUUGUGUUCUGAC